AUGGAGAAGGUUCUGGUCCUCCUGCUCAUUGCCCUCUCGGUGGCCUAUGCGGCUCCCGACCCCCGGGGAAUCAUUAUCAGCCUGGAUGAUGGCGAGCUCUGCAUGAACAGCAUCCAGUGCAAGAGCAAGUGCUGCCACCGAGUGAGCGGGCUGAGCCUGGCCCGCUGUGCUCCCAAGGCCAGCGAGAACAGCGAGUGCUCUGCCAAGACGCUCUACGGAGUUUACUACAAGUGUCCCUGUGAGCGUGGCCUGACCUGUGAGGUGGACAAGACCCUCGUGGGCUCCAUCACCAACACCAACUUUGGCUUGUGCCUCGAUGCCGGACGCGCCAAGCAGUGA